AUGUUUACCUACUCUUCUAUUCCUACCAUUACCAUUGACGGCGAGAAUAUAUCACAGACAUAUGAGGCAUCUUCGAUUACAAACGGCACGAGUAGCCAAGAAGUAAUCAAGGAUAGAUGUCGCUCUGGUCCCAACACGCUACAUGGUGACUUCCCAGCUGUAGCACCUACAAAAAAGCGCUGCUAUGUUCUCAGAAAAGUCAUCAAAGGCAUAUCAAAUGUAAUCAAAGCUUUCACCAGUACGUAUAAUCUCCCUCACAAGAUCUGUGACCAAAGAAUGGCGGCUGAUAUGCUUUUCGAAACUCCUACAGGAAUUUAA